AAGCCCGGCCUGGCGGCGGCGGUGGCGGUAGCAGCCGUGGCGGCCUCUGCGCAUGCUCCGUCGCCCGCCCGCCCUGGCCGCUCGCCGCCCGCCCGCCCGACGGAGACGAAGCCCCAGCUAUCAGACUUCAUGUGAAAGAUGGCUAAUGCAGAAGUGAGUGUCCCAGUGGGAGAUGUGGUUGUGGUACCCACUGAAGGAAAUGAAGGGGAGAACCCUGAAGACACUAAGACCCAAGUGAUCUUGCAGUUACAACCUGUGCAACAAGGGAUUUAUGAAGCUGGGUCGGAGAACAACACGGCAGUUGUAGCAGUAGAAACUCACACAAUACACAAAAUUGAAGAAGGAAUUGAUGCAAGCACUAUAGAAGCAAAUGAGGAUAUGGAAAUUGCUUACCCCAUAACUUGUGGAGAGAGCAAAGCCAUUCUCCUCUGGAAGAAGUUUGUAUGUCCAGGAAUAAAUGUGAAAUGUGUUAAGUUCAAUGAUCAGUUGAUCAGCCCCAAGCAUUUUGUUCAUCUGGCUGGCAAGUCCACUUUGAAGGACUGGAAGAGAGCCAUUCGUCUGGGUGGAAUCAUGCUUAGGAAAAUGAUGGACUCUGGACAGAUUGAUUUUUACCAACAUGAUAAAGUUUGCUCCAAUACCUGCAGAAGCACCAAAUUUGAUCUUCUGAUUAGCAGUGCAAGAGCUCCAGUGCCAGGACAGCAGACAAGUGUGGUGCAGACACCCACUUCGGCCGAUGGUAGCAUCACACAGAUUGCCAUCUCAGAAGAGAGCAUGGAAGAGGCAGGACUGGAAUGGAACUCGGCUCUCACCGCUGCUGUCACCAUGGCCACAGAGGAGGGUGUGAAAAAAGACUCUGAGGAAAUUUCAGAGGACACAUUGAUGUUUUGGAAAGGAAUAGCUGAUGUAGGCCUGAUGGAAGAGGUUGUCUGCAACAUACAGAAGGAAAUAGAGGAGCUCCUAAGGGGAGUUCAGCAGCGGCUCAUCCAGACUCCCUUCCAGGUCACAGAUGCUGCUGUUCUCAACAAUGUGGCACAUACCUUUGGCCUAAUGGACACAGUUAAGAAGGUUUUGGACAACAGAAGGAACCAAGUAGAGCAAGGAGAAGAGCAAUUUCUCUAUACUCUGACAGACUUGGAACGCCAGUUGGAAGAGCAAAAGAAGCAAGCCCAGGAUCAUAGGCUGAAAUCCCAGACAGUUCAAAAUGUGGUACUGAUGCCUGUGAGCACUCCUAAGCCUCCAAAAAGGCCUCGGCUCCAGCGGCCAGCCUCCACCACCGUACUGAGCCCUUCUCCUCCUGUGCAGCAACCUCAAUUCACAGUCAUCUCACCCAUCACCAUCACCCCAGUGGGUCAGUCAUUUUCCAUGGGCAAUAUUCCAGUGGCCACCCUCAGCCAGGGCUCCAGUCCUGUGACUGUCCACACACUGCCUUCUGGCCCUCAGCUCUUCCGAUACGCCACAGUGGUCUCCUCUGCCAAGAGCAGCUCACCAGAAACAGUGACCAUCCACCCUUCAUCUAGCUUGGCACUGCUAAGCUCUACUACCAUGCAGGAUGGAAGCACCCUGGGCAACAUGACCACCAUGGUGAGCCCUGUGGAGCUGGUAGCCAUGGAGUCUGGCCUGACCUCAGCACUCCAGGCAGUUGAAAGCACCGCAGAGGAUGGGCAGACCAUCAUUGAAAUUGAUCCAGCCCCAGACCCUGAAGCUGAAGACACUGAGGGCAAAGCAGUCAUCUUGGAGACAGAGUUGAGGACUGAGGAGAAAGUAGUGGCUGAGAUGGAAGAACACCAGCACCAAGUCCACAAUGUGGAGAUUGUGGUCUUAGAGGAUUGACUGGGGAUCUCGGGGCCAGGAGAUAUGUUUUGGUUUGGAAUUUUAAUUAUUUGUUUAUUUUUAUCAUUGUCCCACUCAUUUCCACAUAGGAUCCUUCCUUUUUUUUUUUUUUUUUUAGAACAAAAUUUCAUUGUUAUAACUGAAAAUGUUGGAUUCCUCCCACUCUCUCAUUGAAAAAUGGACAAAACAAACUGCCCUUCCACAGUUGAGAGUAGGUCGUUCAAUGUCUUAAUCAUCUUACUCCAUGAAAGUUAUUUUUUUAGGGGAGGCAUCAAAAUAACCAGAAACCCUUUCCAGUCUAGUCUAUCUGUGUACGCAUGUGGUUUUAUUCUUGUAAAGAUGAUUGACCAAACUCUGGAACACAGAUCUGACACUGGAAGGCAACCCAUUCACAUGUGGAUGCAGAAGUAUGCUUUUUUUUUAUUUGUAUCUUGGAAAGGAUUCUCAGAGGGCAGUGCAAAACUCUGAAACAAAAAGAAGUUGAACUCUGCUUGGAGGGGAAGGUAGCAUGCUAGCUGCAGCUUAAAAAGGGAAAUGCUUUCACAAGGAUGGGGCAAGGGAAUUAUCUUACCUACAAAGGUGCAACUGAUAUCACUUAAGAUCUCUGAGGGUUGUUACUAGGGGUACCAUUUGAAAAGAGGCCAGUAAUAAGUGGAAGUGUACAUUUUCACAGAGUAAGUGAUAACAGUGGCCUGUGGCUUUGCUGAAAUAGAAAUCAAGGGACACUACAGCUGUGCUUUAAAGUUCAAGGUGAUAGCUUCCUUGCCCCCCACUUUGUAGAAGCACUUACCCUCCUAACCUAGGAUCAGUUCUUUCAUUUGCAAACUGUGUGAUGUGGUGUAAAUUGCUCUGGUCUUUAGAGUGUGGCUGCCUGUGGGUGGGACUCCAAGGCCAUCAUUUUUAUUGCAUGACUCCAGGAACAGGGGGAGUUCCUCAUUCAGACCAGCUUCCAUCUUUGAUGGGGCCUUUCCCCCUCCUCCUCCUUGGCUUUGGAACCAAAAGCAGUCACUCAUCUGGUGCUUCCUCUUGUUCUCCCCUCUACCCUCAAUUCUUAAUGGCAUCUGUCUUCUGGAUCCCACGCUCUUCAGCUUUUUGGCUGAUUUGGAGAUCAGUGACAGGUGCCUGCCUGCCUUCAUCUCCUUUUAGAUUCAUUUAUACCACAGAUGUUUCUGUGAGAUACUGAGCUCAUAAAAAAGCCUUAGGCUUGGCAGGGAAAACUGGUAACACCCCCAGCCUUUCCUGAGGCACCAACUAAAUGUCUCCUCUUGAGUGAGCUGGACUCCCUGGGAAAGAAACAUUAUCUGUGACAUUAUAUUAUAGGAAAUGUACCAGGAAUGUCAAUAGUAAUGUUGUGUUUUGUUUUUGUUUUCCUAAAUGUUGUUUGUAUAUUUAGAGCUGGCAAUUUUUUUUUUUUUUUUUUUUUUUUUUUGUGCUAUGAUUCCUUCUCUUUGACUGGUCCUCUUCAGUGUUUGGGAUAAGAGUAGACCCUGUUUUUUUGUUGUUUCUUUGACUUCAUUGUUUACUGCACCAGGAUAAUAUAGGGAAACUACAGGCAACUUUAAUGAAAAAAUAGGUUAAAAAAAAAAAAAAAGCACACACUUUAGGAAUGGGAGGAUUUUUUUUUUUUAAUUAAAAGCAAAUCUUUGACCUGUAGUUUCUUUCUUUUUUUCUUUCUUCUUUUUUUUUAAAGAAGGCUUUUCUCUGAAGGUGUGUUUUUUCCCAACAGAUGUUGGAAACUGUAUCAAAGCCAGUGAAAAUUGUGUUCUGCCAUCCCUUGGAUGGCUGCAUAUAGCCAGAGAAGCCCUCUAACUGGGGAGGGUCAAUCUUAAAAGUUGUAAGAGUGAGACUUCUGAACUCUGUACAAGUAGUGGUUUCAGCUUUAAAAUUAGGGUUUGAUUUUUCUUUUCAAAAUAUUUAGUAGACUUAGCAUUCAGUUUAGAAAAAAAUCUUUGGCCUUUUACAUAUCUUUAGUGAGGGAAGUGGCUUCUGUUAUCUGCUUCUUUAGUUUUUCUCCUGGUACAUAAACAAAAUCUCUGUCUAAAGACUGAAGCUACUACUUGAAUCUAGAAAGGCACAUCUCAUCCCUAUUGUGAUCUUUAGGGAUACUUUUCUCUUUCCCAGAAAUGAGAGGACCAAUUCAGAAUAGCAGAGGAACCUAAAGAUUUUGGUGAGCUAGCUCAAGUUUCUUUCUUUUCCCCAUCAGAGCUGUUGGUAGUGUAUAAGGUAGCAUGAACAUCAUGCUUCCAAUGUCAAGAGAUCUCCUGAAGACACAACCUGUUGACUUUCUGAAUAUUCCAGCUGGUGAAAUACAUGAGCUUUACUGUUUUGCUGGUCUUCCAAUGACCUGUCAUUAUUAGCUGCUGUGGUAGCCAUUGCUCUGUGUGAGUUCCCUGACUCCCUGGUCUAGGUGAUUUUAACUGGGGUGAGACAUCAGCAAGCCCCUGACACGUGCAUAAGCAGCUGCAAUGAAUCUCCUCAGGCUGAUUUGACAGGAGCCAUCUAUCUUUCUAUUCAUUCAUUAAAUAAACAUUUAUGAAUACCA